CCGAAAUACGGUGUCGGAAUAAAGACAGCAAAUUUUCCGGAAUGUCCACCUGCGUCGGUGACCUGGACCACAGUCUUAUUCCCCCAUCGGAAACGUUACUUCACUCCGAUCAUCAAUUUCGGGUGUUCCUGACAAAGCAGACCACCUCGACGAUUGGCUUCCGGUGGGAAUUCGUGGAACCUUUCCGGGAUAAGUUCGACAUUUUCAAGGUGGAAAAGUGUUUCGGAUGCCGCCGGAAUCAGUGGGAGGUUGUACACUGGAGCACCGCAUGGUCGGUCAUGGUGCGAAAUUUGGAGCAGAACCUGUGCUAUUCGUUUCGAAUUUUCGUGCUGCGACAGCGGGAGGAAGAUGGAAAUAUAGUUUAUUUGAAAAAGUCCAAGAUUUUCAAAUCGUUUACGCUGCCCGAUGUACCAUCUACGAUGGCGGUUUUCCGGGCGGUUCGGAAAGGACAGCUGGCAAUGGUGCGAAGGAUGUUGAGCGUCAAGCCUCAUCUGGUUAACGUUCCGGUCAAUGGGGAAUCUUUGCUGUAUCAGGCGGUGCGAACAGAGAACCUGGACAUGAUCGAGCUGUUGCUGGACUUUGGAGCGGAAGUCAAUUUGGGCGUUCCCGGAAAUGGACAAACACCGGUGCAGUUAGCAGUUUACAAUAAAAAUUUGAAAAUCGUGAGAUACCUAAUGGAUCACGGAGCCGAUCUAAACGUGGUGAACUGCAUCGGGAUGAAUGCAGGUCAUUAUGCGGUCGAUUCGAAUGACGUUAAUAUGCUGCGAUACGUUCUGACGCAUGGGUGCAGUACCGAGGCACGUGAUCGCUGCCAUUGGACGUUGAUUUUUCGGGCGAUAUUUGGUCACGCCAGUCAGGAAGUCGUCAAAUAUCUGCUGGAUAAGAAAUGUCGCCUGAAAGUGCGGGACAAGAAUCAACUGAUGCCUAUAGAUUAUGCUCAGUUGAGUGGACAGGAGGAGGUCAUCAAACUUAUUAAGAGAAAGCUCAAGAUUUGAGGAGGAAUCAUGUCACUGCACGAUUUGUUUUACUUUGUAUUUACAGUGUGUUUGUUUGUUGUGAUUUGUGUGUGUGUUUUUUUUAUAUCUCAAAUCAGCUUAAAAAAGCUUCGCUCAAUGUGUACUUUAGAAUUAAAUAAAACUUAUCUAAUAAUACUUAAACGCCUAAUCAAGAAAUACGCUAAGCAAUGAAAACGAGUAUCUUAGAGGAAUCUCCGGAUCAGCACCAGUAAUGGCGUGAGGAGAAUCGUGAUGGUAGAUAAUGGUGAAACUGCGCCGCUCUUCUGGUUGUGAUAU